GUAAAACUAAACGUGGUCUUAUUGUUGACAUUACGUUUGACAGUUUGUGAUUGUGCGUGUCGCUCGUUUCGCCGUUUUUAUUUAUAAAAUAUCACAUUUUGUCUAUUAAUAAACCAACGGAAUACUUUUAGAUCAACAUUUAGAUACAGCAGGGGCGCUCCAAGGUGCAGUGUUUAUAUCACAAGCGCGUAAUUAAAUGUGAUUCGGAGCGCGAAUAUUUCGUGUAUGAAUUCGUACCGAAACGAUGUUUUCAUUUGUAAUAACUGAAUUUUCUUGUGAUAAUGUGGUCUAGACAAAUUCAGACAAAGUUUGGCCAGUGCCUGUAGGCUUGAAAUAACCGUAUCACAUAUCAUUGAUCUGUAGAAAUCAAUGUAUUGAUAAGAUAUAAAGUUGUGUUUUCGUUCUGAUUAGGAAGGUUCCGAAGUGAUAAUCUGGUAUGAAAGACGUGAUAAUAGAGUGUAAAAUGUUGUCGUGCUGUGUCUAUUGAAUUAUUUACUUCUUGUUUAAGUGUUAAGUGUUAGUGUCAAUAAGCGAAAAUGCCUGGGAAGAUAAAGGUGAAAGUUUUGGCUGGCCGGAAUCUCCCGGUGAUGGACCGGGCCAGCGAUACGACGGACGCGUUCGUUGAGAUAAAAUUUGGGAGUAUCACGCAUAAAACUGAUGUGUGUCGAAAGUCCCUGAACCCUCAUUGGAACAGCACAGAGUGGUACAGGUUUGAGGUAGACGAAUCAGAGCUUCAAGAUGAGCCUCUUCAGCUUCGGUUGAUGGACCAUGACACGUACUCAGCUAACGAUGCCAUCGGGAAAGUGGUGAUCAGUCUCGCUCCACUCUUGGCGAGGGAAGCCAACAAUGCCAAGAGUACCGCUACACCUCAUGGGGGUGCAGUAAUGUCCGGUUGGAUCCCCGUCUUCGAUACGAUGCACGGCAUCAGAGGGGAGCUGAAUGUCAUCGUGAAAGUGGAACUGUUCUCAGACUUCAACAAGUACAAGACUUCCAGCUGUGGAGUGCAGUUCUUUCAUUGCCCAAUGAUACCUCCGGGCUACAGAGCGACGUCUAUCCAUGGGUUCGUUGAGGAGCUGGUGGUGAACGACGACCCGGAGUACCAGUGGAUUGACAAGAUCAGAACUCCUAGAGCAUCGAACGAAGCUCGGCAGGUGGCGUUCAUCAAGCUUAGUAACCAGGUCCAGCGUUUAGUAGGUCUGAAGGCAGCUGAGCUAGGAGCGAACGCUGUGGUUGGUUACCAACAGGACUUUGAUUUGGAAGGGGAAGCAGGGGUUGUGGCCAGAGCUAUUGGUACCGCCGUCAGCAUAACUCCUCUACCCAUGCCAAGCCAAACGUUAAACAUGCCACCUUGCACGCAACAGAGUGAACGAGACAGGGAUAGGCGCGAGGAUAAGAGCGACAAGGACAGAGGAUCACCGCGCCACGCUCGCCAUGAGUCGUACGGUGGGAGGGAACCGGCACAGGCGACGCAUGCGCAGAACUCGUCCUUGAACGCGACAUCAACGCCACUUGGGAUUCAUAGGAGGUCGUCCGAUUCUGAUCUCAGUGUAACACCAAAAGGUGGAUCACUAAACACAUCGGCGGGUAAUGUAGGUAGCGGCGGUGGCGCCAUCUUGCGGCCGUCUAUGAACAGCAACAACUUGGAUUUGCUUGAAUAUCCGUUCCUUACGAUGACGGAGUACCCACCCGGGUUUAUUGUACACAUUGGUGGUACAGUUUGCGCUCGGUCCGUGAAACUCGCGGAUGGCGGGGAGGGGGCGGCGCGCGCCGCCUGGUGGGCGGAGCUUAGGACGGAGCUCAGGGCGCAUGCGCGAGCCUUACGCUGUAAUGCAGUCAUCGCAUACACUGAGAAUACUGCCAUCUGCGAGGAUGUGUGCGUGCUCUCAGCGUCCGGUACUGCGGUAGUGAUCAAUCUGGACUGUGACUUCAACGCCGAGCCGGAACCGAACUCAGCUUCGUCCGGCUCGAAGCACCCCGAGGAGUCAGAAUGUGAGACAUGCAGUAUGGCGCAUGUCCCGUACUCGCCCGGCGCCGGCCCGUACCGCGCCGAGCUCGCCGUCUGCGGGGGAUGCCGUCGAGCCCGCGUGCCUACAGUAUUACUGGCGACGUGUUCAAAGCCCAACAAGUUAGCGUCGCACGCUAAAGCCAUCACACUCACAGCUGUCGCGGCUAGAGUGAGAAGAGCGCCGCCUACAUCAGAGCCGGGUGCCAGGGACAUCUCCGACCAACUUCCCUUCCUAGAGUACGAACUACACAAGUUGCUGCUCGCCAAACUAAGGAUGCAGGGUGCGAACGCGAUAUUCUCUCUGCAGACGCAGAUAGCUAUCGGCGAGCGCUGCGUCAUGGCGCUGGCGACGGGCACGGCCUGCAGGCUGGCCGCGCUGCCCCCGCCCACGCCGCCGCGGAUAAAGGCAUCAGAAAACGACAAAGAUGCAUUGGAAAUACAGAAAGCUCUGUGGGAUUCGUUUGCGGCUAACCGAAUGGCCAACGGAUUUGAUGUUGGUGGUACUGAGCACAAUACAAACGGCGCGCUCCCAGAGAUGGAGGGCGAGGAUGCGCCCGCGCUGGAUCUCUGCGCCGACAAGGACGCAUGCGUACUAGAACUCGACGAGGCUGAAGAUGUGGAAACAGCACGAGCGCUAGCCAAGCGCCACGUGAACAUGCAGGUGUACACGCACGGACUCAAACCCGUCAUUGGAGCCCCGCCGCAGGCGUUUGCGCAGGUAUGGCGCGGACGGCUCUCCCUAGGCGGAGGUGGGGGUGGGGGCAGUGCGUGCGUGGAGCGUCACGUGCGUCGCGCGCUGGACGGCGUGGCGUACAAGCUGCGCCGCCUGCUGCCUGCCGCCCUCGUCGCGCCACGGUUCCAGCUCGAACUGCCUGAGGACGAAAUCCAACUAAUAGUAUCAGGAGCAGCCAUCCCUCUUCAAGACCCGAACAGUCCAGAAGGGAACACAGUCGAGAAUGGACAUCCGAGCAGUCAUAGCAGUCAAGGCAGUCAGGGCAGUCACGGUAGCCAUGGCAACGGGACGGGAGAAACAGACGAUGAUAUCUUCGAGUUAGAUGAAGAACAACUUGUAAAGAGUCCACCUGAGUUACCUGAAGAGAAGAAUUCUAUAAAUGGACAGGUCCCGACCACAGUGUCCCUAACGACGCUGUCCCAUAUCAGUGGUAGUCGUAUCUCCCGCCGCCUGUGCGCCCUGCGCCUUCUGUUCGUCCGGGAAACCACCGCCGUGCGGGAACUUGGCGGCCUUAGCGGAUUCCUGCAUACCUUUACUUGUGAGGUAAUGGCGAUAGUCCGCGCGUACACGGCGGCGCUGGGCGGGAACGCUCUUACGUCCUUUUACAUCACACAACUCAUGCUGCAGGACAAUGCGCAUAAAAAUCAGGGUCAAUGUCUACUCUCUGUAGGAGGCGACAUAGUUCAUAUAACAUAUUGAAUUUCCUAAACUACUACAUGACAUAUCUAUAAAUAUAUAAAAUCAAUGCCACUUUUCGUUGUAAUGUUAUAACUCAACAAUACCGUUGUCGAUUUGGCUAAUUUUGGUCUUGAAUUAUUUGUGGAAGUCUUAUUAUUAUUAUUAGGAAGAAGGUUUAUACGUAAAGUUUUUUUUAUAUCUUGCAAAAGUUUAACCUCGACAUCCAAGCGGGCGG